CAUAGUAUAUUGUCAGAGGAGCAGGUAGAGGACGUGCAGAUAGACGCGUGUGAUGUCGUUCCUCAGGCAGCCAGUGUUACGCUCUUGUCGGGCCCUUCGGGGUCAGCUCUGUGUCCGGACUCUCCAUGGCUCGGCAGCCCCGGCGGGCAGGAGCAGAGCUUCCGUGUUUGCAGCCGCCGGAGCUGCCCUGGUGGCCGGUCUGACAGCCGGUUACAGUCACUUACAGAGAGCGGAGCUGGCAGCCCGGAUCCCCCCGGCGCAAAGAGAUGAAGUGGAGGAGCGUUGCGCUGAGUUCAUGGCGCUGCCCAUCACUCCGGUGCAGGAGCUGCGGGAUCACAGGGACGAUAUGAAGAGCCGCAUGGAGCUGAUGAUCAUGGGAACUCAGGCUGAGGUGUGUCGGGCACUGGCAGAGGCUGAUGGCAAUUCCUCCUUCACUGUGGAUCGCUGGCAGCGGGCAGAAGGCGGCGGUGGCAUUAGCUGCGUUCUGCAGGACAGCAAGGUCUUCGAGAAAGCCGGCGUCAACGUGUCCGUCGUUCACGGUUACCUGUCGGAGGAGUCCAUACGGCAAAUGAAGAGCCGGGGGAAGUCCCUGAAAACUAAAGACGGGAAGCUGCCCUUCUGCGCGAUGGGGGUCAGCUCUGUUAUCCACCCGAAGAACCCCCAUGUUCCCACCAUCCACUUCAACUACAGAUACUUUGAGAUUGAGGAGGCAGACGGAAACAAGCAAUGGUGGUUUGGAGGGGGCACAGACCUCACCCCAACGUAUCUCAACCCGGAGGAUGUCAUCCAUUUUCACCAGACGUUGAAGGAGGCGUGCGAUAAACACAGCCCUACCUUUUAUCCCAAGUAUAAAAAAUGGUGUGAUAAUUACUUCUUCAUCAAUCACCGCGGUGAGAGCAGAGGGGUCGGCGGCAUCUUCUUUGAUGAUUUGGACUCCGCCCCCAAGGAAGAGCUCUUUGAGUUUGUGCAGAGCUGCGCCAAGGCAGUUGUUCCCUGUUACCUCCCCAUAGUGGAAAAGCACAAGAACGACUCCUUCACCCCAGAGGAAAAGCUGUGGCAACAGUUGAGAAGAGGACGGUAUGUGGAGUUUAACCUUGUUUAUGACAGAGGUACAAAGUUUGGCCUCGCCACUCCGGGAUCCAGAAUUGAGAGUAUUCUCAUGUCCCUGCCACUCACUGCAAGGUGGGAGUACAACCAUGUACCGGCCGAAGAUUCCAAAGAAGGAGAAAUCCUGAAGGUUCUGCGUGAGCCCCGGGACUGGGUGCACUAACUGCCAGGGGUGCUGGGCUAAUCUAUGGGUUCCUGGGUGGCUGCAGGAUCUCCUGACUGUCAGCCAGUGGAUGAUGUGCCUUGUCUGCUUAACUGGACACAGAACAGUGCCGUCUUCUAAAUACUGGCAGUUGUCCUGUCCUGUGUUUGGUUUGUCCAUAUCCCCAAACUGUCAAUUAUCUCAUUGUGCAAAUAUUUUUUUUUUAUAUAGUUGCCCUGCUACUCCCCAAAUCUGUCAGUUUGCACUGCUGCUUCCUAAACUGCCCAUUAAGAGUCAAACUGGCCAUUUCUCACGAGGGAACUUCGGAGGACUUCAGAAAACGAAUCGCUCCGAGUGCCAUCCCGCCGGCGAUUUACAUUCUAGCCGGCGGGAGGCAGUUCUGGGAGAUUUGUCGCCCCGAAGAAGAGGAAAUUUGUCGACGGGCGACUAAUCUCCCCGAAUCUGCCUGUGUGCCCCGACCCUUAAUGAAAUUUGGUAAUUGUUGCUUGACUUGUAUAUAAAAUAUGGGAUAACACCAAUAUGAUCUGCCAUUGUUCUCCCUUGGGGGGGGUCUAUUAAAAUGUCAAAAGUAUUUUUUUUUUUUUUUUUUUUUUUUUUAAACCUAAAUUAAUAUAGGCAGGGGGAACAAUGAGGAAUAUAAACUGGAGAUGUCCCUGGUUAACCCUGCAGCCACCAUGACAAGAGCUCCAAGAGAUAUUAGUAGAAUAAAACUUGCAAAAAUGCAAAGAAAAACAGCACUAUGAACAAGCAGAAUUAGAUUUUGGGGGUGCAUAUAUACACCCCCGCCCUUUUAAAUGAUACUCUUAGGGGCAGAUUGAUCAAAGGUCGAGGUGAAGUUUCGAAUGAAAAAAUUUGAAUGUCGAGCUAAUUUUUUUUUGUGUACUUCGACUAGGGAAUAGUCUAAAUUUGAUUGGAAUUUUGAAAAAAAUUUGAAUAUCGAAAUUAAUCAUGUACUGUCUCUUUAAAAAUUCGACUUCGCCCAUUCGCCAUCUAAAACCUGCCGAAUUGCUGAUUUAGCCUACAGGGGACUUCCGAGAACCUAUUUGGAGUCCAUCGAAGGUUUUUUUUUUUGGAAAAACUUCAAAUCGAAUGCGCUAUUCCUUCGAUCCGUACAAUUCAAAUUUGGCCGAUUACGGACCUAUUCGACCAAAAAAAAAAAAAAAAUUUCGGUUGGUCUUUUUGAAUUCAAAUUUUUCAAUUCGAAAUUCGACCCUUGAUAAAUAUGCCCCUUACUCUGGUACAGACCCACAAACCUUUGUUGCCUUUGGUUUCCUCUGAGAAUUCAUCUGUAAAAUCAUCACUUCUUCUACGUCUCUCUGAAUGAAUAUCUUUAACUGUGAAGCUGCCAAUAAGAAGAUUUUAUACUUUUAUAUUUAUUGCAGUCUGUCGCGGAAGACAAAUAAAAAUAUAUUUGAUGAAAAAGAAA